AUGACUUGGGUAAAGGUAAGAUCCUCUAGGUGGCGACCACUGAAGUUCACAGACUACUUUGGCGGCGAGAUCGAGAAGGCACGUCUGCGCGAUCCAGGAGAAGGCUGGAAAUACGAGGGCAAAUGGGUACCGGAUAAACAUCAUAACUACGGUGACAAAAACGGAUGGGUUUAUUCGAUUUCGGAAGUAUUCUGGGGAGAACCUGGCACAGUAGACACUGAACAGAGGCCAGACCAUAAGUUUCGCCGACGAUGCAUCAAAAGAACGCGAAAGUCGCUUGACUUUCAAAAUCAGAACUUCGAUGCUUAUCAGGAGUCACUGGGCGAUACAAAAUGGGAGUAUGCCACUGGAAAGAACAAGCCAUUUCACUAUCAGGAAACCAGUUCUGACUGUAUUCGACGACGGAGAUUCGUCAUGGAAAUGCAACGGCAGAAGAACCUACCGCGAAAUCGCGAGCACGAAAUGUAUUUCAUUCCACGUAUCUAUGAAGUACAUGAAACGACUACGACGUGGCAGCUCCGGUGCUACUUUGUAUGGGCAAAGUUGGUGAAGAAUUCUGCAAGAGCGUUUGUGCGUGUUACAUUUCUCACUAAAGCAAAACAGACGUUGGUUGUGGAAGAUUCACAAAAUCCCGUUUGGAAUGAGACGCUCAUAUUUGACAGGAUGCUCAUUCCUGGUGGUAAAAGGCAAAUCAGCGUGAAUCCACCGACGGUUUUAGUGGAGACUCGCGGAGAACUCAAGAAUGGAAGCGAAAUUUUUCUUGGACGAUUCUUAACUAAUCCGACUGUGAUAUGUACGGCCACUGAUUCACGAGCGGUGCUGAAAUGGAACACGCUGACUUUCACUCAUGGAAGAACCAGAGGUGCAGUUCUCGCAUGCUGUGAACUGUUUUGUGAGGACAAAUCGACCAGAGAUGCCCUGCCUCUGUUACCAAUGAGGAAACCUAUUGAGCCUUUUCUGGAACUUAUCAUUGGCGACAUGGAGACUCGCACAGACCCCAUUCCAAAUGUGGUCAAGAAUCCGAAUUUUGAGACUCCGCUUAUUACUUUUCCCAUUGUUUCAUUGCCGGCCGAUCUAGAGUUCAGUCCACCACUCGUGAUCAACUUAUACGAUAUGAGAGCUUUCAAAAGAACACCUCUAGUGGGCGUUUGCUUCAUCACUAAUUUCAAUCGAUACACAAGAACUCCAUCGAAAAAGAAAGAAGUGAACGAAAAGGUUGACUGGGCCAAAUACGACAAAAUCAUCGAAACAGAGGAGUCCGAAUUGGCCGCUACUCCUUUGAUUCCAUCACUGAGUAAGGAAGGUAUGCCGGCGCUCGACUGGUGGUUUAGCAAGUACUACGCUUCACUCGGCCAUCCUGAAAAAGCACCCGGAUAUGAGGAGUGA